CUCGACAACAACCAGUCAUGGCUGCUGACCAGGGCGGAGAAGCGCUCAACUACAUCCGGGGCUUCGACCGGUUCAUCCUCCCUGACGACACGCCCAAUGUUGAAGGACCAAACUUCCCGAUCUCGUACGGGUCUGCGUCGUCGUACAACUUUGCGGACCGCGAGGGGUACCAGACGGACUUUGUGGACGAGGCAGGGACGAUGGCGAGGAUCGACUCGAUGCUCGAGCGCGGCACCGGGUUCAUUGCGCUGCUGUACACGUACCGCUCGUGCUCCAAGUCUGUGCCGCAAGUCAAGUCGCAGGACCAGGAGAACAAGGUGGAGCUGUACCAGAACACAUUCCGGGUUCUGGAGCCUCAGAUCAACAAGCUCAAGAACCUGUUCUCCUUUGUCAACGAGUGCAUCGACUUUCUUCUGGAGGAGUUUGAGAAGCUCGCGGCCGACUCUGUGGGCGGCAAGAAGAGCUCUGGGCGGACGACAUCGUCGUCGGACACACUGAUCUGGAAGCUGGUGCUGCUGCUGGACCUGCUGUCGAAGCUCGACGCGCUCAAGAACAUGAAGGGGUGCAACAACGACCUCUCGUUCUACAAGCGGGCGUACGGCUUUCUCCGCAAGAACCUCGAGGCGUCGGGCCUGACGGACCAGACACUGGACAACCAGGAGAUGUACCUGUUCCUGGCGAACCAGAACAUCAUCACCAACACGCUCAAGCAGAAGCUCCCGCAGGUCUCGCGGUACACAACGGUGCUUGUGCUCAUUCUCGAGCACUGCCUCCAGCGGUGGACCGGCAACCUGUUCCUCUACCCCGAGGAGAAGCACGCGUUGCUGCGGGUCAUUCCGUUUUCGAUCUUCCUGUACGACUCUCAGGAUCCUGCGGCACCAAACAACGCGUUCAAGACCAAGGAGUUUAAGGUCCUCGACUAUGCGCGGCUGCUCAAGCGCUACCCUGUGCUCCCGCUGUACGGUGACAUGGCCAUGCUCUCGUCGUCGUUCAUCGAACGGUGCUCCAACUUUGACCCCAAGGUUUGGGAGAAGCCGUACGAGAACGAGCGGCUCAACAUCGAGUACUGCAUCAUCAACCGGCUCCCGGUCUUCCGGUCGCUGCACGACGAGUACCUGGCCGACUUUUCGGCGCGGAUCACCGAGGUGCGACGCAUCCUGCGGGCGGGCAAGAUGGUGUCGCAGAAGAUUGCGCGGCUACUGUACGGGCUCAUCCUCAAGGGCUUCCGCAUUCUGUCAAACAUGACGUCUGCGGUGCUCGAGCAGGCGGCGUGGAAGUUCUCGAACCCGUACGGCGACACGCCGGCGGACCGCAACCCGGACGACGUCAUCCAGUACGAGCGCGUCGUGCGGUACAACUACGACUCGCGUGAGCGGUACUGCCUCGUUGAGGUUAUUGCCAAGAUUAAGGGUCUCUCGCAGGUCAUGCUUCGGGCUGACUCGCUGCUGAUGGAGAUGAUGCGCCGGCGGGUCCACGACGAGAUGCAGCAGUUUGUGCAGUCGUCGCUCCGCGACCUCGUCUUCCACGCCACCAAGAAGAAGAAGCUCAUCCGGGCGUCGCUGAUGCAGAUGCGCGCCAUGGCCGCCGACUGGCUCAACGGGCAGGAGCCCAAGGAUCCGAUGGUCGACGGCAAGAAGGUGACCAAGAAGAACCCGUUCAAGCUGCAGAUCCCGUCGCGCUGCGCCGGCCCGUCGCCGACCCAGCUCCAGCUCCUGCGGUGUAUCAUCUCGUCGCUGUACUCGGGCGACCGCAAGGGCAAGUCCAAGGACCUCAAGCCCGACCACGUUGCCCUCCUCAAGUCGUUCUACGAGCGCUCGUUCUUCUACUCGUACGUACUCGACUUUCAGGGCACGCUCCGCGGUGUCACCGACCUUGCCAUGCUCUGGUACCGCGAGUUCUACCUCGAGCUCGCCGACGCCGACCAGUUCCCGAUCGAGAUGUCGCUUCCGUGGAUCCUCGCCGACCACAUCCUGCAGACGUACGCGCAGAACCCGGCCAUGGUCGAGUUUGUCCUCUACCCGCUCGACCUCUACAACGACGCCGCCGAGGUCGCCCUCCGCACCCUCCGCCAGCAGUUUAUGUACAACGAGGUCGAGGCCGAAGUCAACCUUGUCUUUGACCAGCUCGUGUACAAGCUCUCCGAGACGUACUUUAACCACGUCAAGGUCCAGGCCGCCUCGCGCCUCCUCGACCAGGAGUACCGCGCCCGCCUCGCCUCGACGCUCCCGCCGGGUCGCCUCGACAUCCCGCGCUCUCGCUUCGAGGUCCUCCUCCGCCAGCGCCACUGCCAGCUGCUCGGCCGCUCCAUCGACCUCUCGGCCCUCGUCUCGCAGCGCAUGAACUACGCGCUCCGCGAGAACCUCGACUACGCCAUCACCAAGUUUGAGGCUGAGCCGUUCUCGGGCAUCAUCGAGCUCCUCGAGUCGAUCAAGAACGUCCGCGAGAUGCACCGCAUCAUGUCCAUCAACGUCACUCUCGAUCCGUUCGAGGUUAUGCUCAACGACACCGCCGACUCGUCGUCGCUCGUCUCUUUCCACGGCCGCAUCAUCCUUCACGCUGUCUUUGAGCUCAUCAACGACGUCGUGCCGAACAUGAUGUACUCGUCGACGACCGAGCGCUUUGUCCGGGCGCCAGUCCAGUUUGGUGAGGACGUCGAGCGUGUGCCCAUGCCCAAGAUCCCGCCCACCCACCAGUUCGGUACCCGGACGCUCAACAACGCAUAUGCCACCGUGUUUAUGCGGACCAAGUCGUUUGUCGGCAUCCCACACUUCCGCGCUCUCUUUGACAUUGUCGGCAUCGAUCGUAUGGGCCUCGUCAUCGCAGAGCUCGUCGGCCACAUCCGCCGCCAGCUCGAGAACAAGGCCGCGCCGUACAUCACCACUCUCCUCGACGGCAUGCCCGAGCAGACCACUCUCCCGCGCCACUCGUACGGAACCGCCGGUGUCAUCGGCUUCUUCGAGGCCAAGCUCGACCCCAUUGUCAACUACGACGGCAUCCAGGAGGUCUUCCAGGCCUUCCGCGAGAUCGGCAACUCGCUGGCCAUCUUUACCAUCCUCGACUCGCUCGCCCACGAGCGCGCCACCCUUGGCUUUACACGGCUCGCGCCGUUUGUCGACGCCUCGCCGCUCACCAACUUUGGCUUUAACGACGAGCACCUCGCCUCCACCAUUGCCGGCAUCCGCUCCACCAUCGAGGCCACCAUCAACACCUCGCUCUUCUCCGAGCUGCCGCAGGACGCCAUUGCAGCCGUCCGCCUCUACCAGUUUGAGCUCAACAAUGCCUCGCUCACCCGCUACGUCCUCCUCGACAUGGCCAAGGGCAUCGACCCGCACCGCAACGAGUGGAUGGGCCCGCCGUCCGAGAACGGCCUCGUCUCGGUCGACACCUCGUACGAGCUCUACCGCCUCUGGUCCGCCCUCCAGUUCACGUUCUGCCUUCCGCCGCGCGGCGACGCCAAGUUUGCGCCCAUGGACAUCUUCGGCGACGGCUUUUGCUUCGGCGGCCUCGCCCUCGUCUACCUCAUGGAGCAGGCCGACCUGUUCAACGCCCUCGACUUUGCCUACCACGCCCUCAACGUUGACGAGGCUUCGGAGGCCAAGGCCUCGGACGAGCCCUCACGCUACCUUCUUUCGCGUGCCGCCUACGUCCGCUCCGUCAACGACGGUGUCCUCGGCAUGCUCCGCGCCACCGCGCCGCUCAACACCAAGGUUGCCCGCGACAUCUCGCCGCCGGCAGACGACUCGGCUUCCUUCCGCUGAUCCACCUGCCCAAGCUGCGCACGCCCUCCACAUAGCCCUUUGCACAAACCCCGCAUCGCUCUU